CCCAGUCAGUCUCGUCCCGCAAAGCCUUGCCGUGCCAGCCGUCCUCGCGCCGAGCCGAGCCCCAGACGAGCCCAGCCGAGUCGAGCCGAGUCGAGCCGAGCCGAGCCGUACCGAGACCGAGGGGCCGAGUUUGGCGUACGCGCUGUGGCGGGCGCUGUGGCGGUGUGCCCGUACCACCGAUCGGUCGCGCUACGGAAGGGCGCUAGCAGGUGUCAGAGUGUAGCCGCGCGCGCGCCUGUGGAACGAGUGUGUGUGAGUGAGUGUGAGUGAGUGUGUGCGUGACCACCCUCGCGGAGCAGACCGUCGACCAGUGACAAGGGAUUCCGAUUGUACAGGACUACCUGAAGAGGCGCCCUGUUCGUGUGGAUUAGAGGGCUUGACGAGGGGGACCAACGCCGAGCGAGGAGACUCGUCAGAAGCAGGAUGGACGACGUGGAGACGGAAAUGUCGCCGCUGCAGGACAACAAGGCCACCCCGACGCACGUGGUGUCCGUGGGCCCCGGCUCGCACCGCAGCUCGCACCGCCACGCCAUGGCCGGCCACCGGGUCACGCAGUGCCUGCGCACCAACCUGCUCACCACGCUCACCGUCUCGGGCGUGGUGGGCGGCGUCAUCCUCGGCUUCACCAUGCGCGCGCUCAAGACCGACUCCUGGACGCCGCGCGAGAUCGUCUACGUGCAGUUCAUCGGCGACCUCUUCCUGCGCAUGCUCAAGGCCCUCAUCAUCCCGCUGCUCAUCUCGUCCGUGGUGGCGGCCAUCGGCUCGCUCGACCUCUCCCUCUCCUACAAGAUCGGCGCGCGCGCCAUCGUCUACUACCUGACGACCACCGUGCUCGCCGUCAUCGAGGGCAUCAUCCUGGUGUGCGUGAUCCACCCGGGGCGCGGCGGCGCGGCCGAGGAGAUCAAGCGCGAGGGCAGCAGUAGGAACGUGACCACCGUGGACACCCUGCUCGACCUCGUCAGAAACAUGUUCCCACCCAACUUGGUCCAGGCUACGAUUCAACAGAUUUGCACAGAGAUUUACACAAACAAAUCUGUUGCAGAGAUCAAGAACCUUUACGGCUGGGAGAUGAAGAACGAGUUCACGGACGGCACCAACGUUCUCGGUCUGGUCGCCUUCGCCAUCGUCCUGGGCAUCGCCAUCGGCAAGAUGGGCAAGCAAGGCAAGCCGCUGCUCGACUUCUUCGAGAGCCUCGGCACCGCCAUGAUGAACAUCACCAACUGGGUCAUCUGGGUGUCACCCAUCGGCGUGCUGUUCCUCGUGGCCUCCAAGCUCCUCGAAAUGAAGGACUUCUCGGUGCUGGUGGGCCAGCUGGGCAUGUACUUCAUGACGGUGCUCAUCGGGCUGCUGGUGCACGGCUUCAUCCUGCUGCCCUGCAUCUACACCCUCGCCACCAAGAAGCUGCCCUUUAGGUUCCUGGCCAACAUGGGCCAGGCGUUGGCCACCGCCUUCGGCACGGCCUCCAGCUCAGCCACCCUGCCAGUCUCCAUGAACUGCCUGGAGGAGUUUAACGGCGUCGACGUCCGCGUCUCUCGGUUCGUGAUGCCCAUCGGGGCCACCAUCAACAUGGACGGCACCGCGCUGUACGAGGCGGUGGCCGCCAUCUUCAUCGCCCAGGUCAGGAACUUGUCGCUGGGUUUCGGACACAUCGUGGCUGUGAGCAUUACCGCCACCUUCGCCAGCAUAGGCGCUGCCGGCAUCCCCCAGGCCGGACUCGUCACCAUGGUCAUGGUGCUGGACACCGUCGGCUUGCCCGCCCAGGACGUUACUCUCAUCAUCGCCGUGGACUGGCUGCUCGACCGCUUCCGCACCCUGGUCAACGUGGUGGGUGACUCCCUGGGCGCCGGCAUCGUCAACCACCUGAGCAAGGCUGAGCUGGACAAGAUGUCGAGGCAGCAGUCAUCGGGCAACGGCAAGAGCGAUGGAAACGUCGCAGAGGUGCAUCUGUAAUCGCGCCAUCAGGCGGAGUGUGUGUGGCGUUGAUUGUAGCCCCUAGGCCCCUAGGACCAUGGUGCUGCUACUAGAGGUGCUACCCUGACAGUGCCCUCACACUUUUGUGAAGGUGCUCACUUUACUGGCAGAGUGAAUUCUGUUUAAGGAAAAGAAGAUAACGGUAGAGUGAGACAACAAAAGCUUGCUUGGCUGUCAUGGAAAAAUAGCAUUUGAAAUGGAGACAUUAGGUAUUACCUCAAAUAGGUGUACUUCUUCACAUGACCUGACUGAGGAAAUCUAAAAGAGCAGCCAUCAAUCCUUAUGCUGUGAUCCCGAUUUGAGGCCAUGCAUGACUGCAAUUUGAGACAUUUGAGACGUCAGUGCUCAAAUACCACGAGAGGGUGAAAAACUAACAUGAAAAAGAAAUUUGUUCACAAAUAAGUAACUAAUAUUAGGGCACUUCUUGCAUUGGCAUCAAGUAAAAGUUUGAUCAAUUGAUACCUUCAAAAUGAGAGAGAACAUGUAUUUGGUGCGGCUUUAUUUUCAAGUGGCGCUGGAAGUUCUCUUUUCAGAAUGUUGGCUCUACAUUUUGCUUCUCAAUAUUUGGUCGAUUUCCCAGUGACACAUUGUCAUACUGCCAUACAAGUUAGAGCGCAUGGCUCAAUAAAUAGCUGUAGGGAACAGUGACCGUAAACAGGAAAGCUUCUAUGAGUAGCGGAAUAUGUGUUAUAGUUUGAAAUACUGUAAGGAGGACAAAUUAAUUUUAGAAAACUUGAGGCCUUUACAGAAUGUUACUGAAAAAGUUGUGUUCAAAUGAAAGUGUAAAACUUUCAAAUAUAGAUUAGAAUAUUUCGGUGAAGUAUGUAUUGUCUCUUGUGUUUUCUGUUUCUCAUGUUGCUUGAGCUCAUCUUAUUGUUCUAAAACAACUAAAACAGUUUCAAGUAAAAACUUCACACAUGGUAGAGCUAUUAUUAACAUUUGACUUCAUUUAUUAUGGUCUGUAUUAGUUUACUUGUAUUUUGUUUUUUCCAAAGCAUACCAUUUUACACUAAUGUUGUACCAAUGCUGGUCAUUUUAAGAAAGUGACAACACUUAUUUUUCUUUAAAUAUUGUUUGAAUUGAUUUGUCUCAAUGAUGUAUUGAUUGUCCAAAACUAAAUUGCCAGCUAUGUAUUUGUUAAGUUUUGGUAAUCUAUUUCUGAGUACUUAGUACAAUUUCUAUGAGUAUUAAAACAUGAAUUUUUGUAAAAAAAGAAAUAGCAGAAAAAAGGGGUCGAAUGAAAAUAUUUACUCAAGUGCUUUUAAAUCAGCUUCAGUUUGCCAACAUAGUUGGAACUUAUUGGUCAUAGUAUUGCACUUCAUCUUUUAAAUCAAAAAGAUAAAAAGUGAACAAGUCCUGAAAAUAGUUGAUUUUCACUGAUAAACUUUAUCUGAUUUCCUGCCUGUGAUGCUUAUUAAAUGUAAAAUCUUCGAAUAGUUUUAUAAAAAUGUUUCAAAUGUCAUACAAUUCCUUAAAAAUGAUUGCUUGCAGUACAGCAGUAUUAGAGAGUAGGAACACUAAAGUAGUAGUUUGAAAAGAAGUUCAGAAAUACAACAAAAGUAUUUGCUGUCUUAUAAAACAUACCAUAUCACAUUAAAAGUUUUCUUUUUCUUUAAAUACAGGAAAACAAUGCAACAUAAGCUUCAGACUGGGCCAUUCAAAUUGCAUCAGCCUUGUUUUGAUCAAGAGGCAAGAACAAAACAUUGCCACGUUCCUAACUAGCAACAUUUCAUAAAAAUGCAAUAGACAAAUAAAGCUGAAUGGGACUGUCUAGUUGUUAUUACAUUUCUCAUUGCAAAAUGUCAUACAGUUCAAAUGAGGUGACAAAAUUCUGUCAAUUUUAGUCUUGGAUUAUUAUUUUUUAGAGAAACUAUACAUUCAUCAUUUAUCACAAUCAUAACAAUGAGGGGCAAUAAAAUUUCCCCACAGAUGCUAACUGCACAGCCCCAUAUUAAAGUACAACAAUAUCAUGGUGGUAAAAAGAGUAAAAAAACUUGCCAUUUUUCUAAACUUUCUCUCCGUAUACAUAUAAAGAAACUGCAAUCAAAAAAUAAAAUGUUCAAAAAAGAUAUAUCAAUAAACAUUAGUGUAGCAGUGUAUCAAGAAUUUUUCUCAAGUGAUCGUGUAAGUAUCUGUGAAAAGACAAUAGCUAAUUUUAAUUAAUGUAGGCAAUACGUCUUGUACAUAAUUUGCUGUACCAUAGAGAGUCUAAGGCAAUUUUAACAUUGCAAUGUAUAUUAUUUUGAUUCAAAGAGUAAUGGAACACAAGUAUGUCAAAGACAAUUCAAUGACAAUAUACAUAGUAUCAAAAACCUAA